GGGCGGAGCCCCAACAAUUGCACCGGGGCUGGGGGAGGGGAGCUACUCGCUCCCCGCCCCCGGGCGGUGACUCAUCACCAAGCACCGGCUGCCUGAGGUGAGCCGACCCGGGAUGGGGCGGAGAGGCGGGGCCGCCAGGUCGUGUAGGUCUGCGUUUCUCCCCGCCGCGCGCACUAAGCGCAAGUCCUUCGGCGAGCAAGCACCUUCGGCGCGGUCCGAGGACCCCCUCGUAGCGGUCCUCCAGACGCGGACCCGCGCGCCCCAAGCUUCUCGCCGCCAGGCCGGCUUCUCAAGCUUUGCUCCCGGCGCACGCCCUCCCGCGAGCUCCCGGCCCUUCCCUAGCCCCUCUUCCCGGCGCGCGGACAGCAUGGCGCCACCGCAGGUCCUUGCGUUCGGGCUCCUGCUCGCGGCGGCGACGGCAACUUUGGCCGCGGCUGAGGAAGAAUGUCACUGCGAAAACUACAAGCUGGCCGUAAACUGCGUUAUGAAUAGCAAAGGUCAAUGCCAGUGUACUUCAGUUGGUUCACAAAAUACCAUCAUUUGCUCAAAGUUGGCUUCCAAAUGUUUGGUGAUGAAGGCGGAAAUUACUAACUCAAAACUUGGGAGAAGAGCAAAACCUGAAGGGGCUCUCCAGAACAAUGAUGGGCUUUAUGACCCCGACUGUGAUGAGAGCGGGCUCUUUAAGGCCAAGCAGUGCAAUGGCACCUCCACUUGCUGGUGUGUGAACACUGCUGGGGUCAGAAGAACAGACAAGGACACUGAAAUAACCUGCUCCGAGCGAGUGAGAACCUUUGAGUAUGAGGAUAAUGUUAUUACUAUUGAUCUGGUUCAAAAUUCUUCUCAAAAAACUCAGAAUGAUGUGGACAUAGCUGAUGUGGCUUACUAUUUUGAAAAAGAUGUGAGUAUAAUCUUCUUUAUUCUGUUCCUGUGUUCAGAAAUAAACAAUAAUUAUCUUUCUUCCACUCAGGUUGUUUCCAGAAAGAAGAGAAUGGCAAAGUAUCAGAAGGCUGAGAUAAAGGAGAUGGGUGAGAUGAAUAGAGAACUCAAUGCAUAACUACUAUAAUUUGAAGAUUAUAGAAGAAGGGAAAUAGCAAAUGGACUCAGAUUUCAAAUGUAUAUGCAUGGGAUGAAGACAUCUUCGAAGGUUACAAAUUUGUUAGUUAAACAUUAUAUAUUUGUAAUAGUGAAACCUGUACUCAAAAUAUAAGCAGCUUGAAAUUGACUUUUACCAAUCUUGAAAUUUGACCACAAGUGUCUUAUAUAUGCAAAUCUAAUGUAAAACCCAGAACUUGGACUCCAUAGUUAAAAUUAUUUAUGCAUAACAUUCAAAUGUGUGCAUUAAAUAUGCUUCCACAGUAGAGUUUGAAAGACUACUAUCUGAUUUAUGAUUGAAAGCUGCCUUUCUAUUUACUUGAGUCUUGUACAUACAAACUUUUUUAUGAGCUAUGAAAUAAAACAUUUUAAACUGAA